AAAAAAAAGUAUGGCAUAUCAAAAUGGUGUAAUUCAUGACCAUCAUGCGGUUAGUUUUGUUCAGCCUGCAUUCAAUUGCAUUGCAUGUUAAAUAAGCUAAAAUAGCUUCAGAUUGUGUGACGUUAUGUCCGUCCCGGGGUACCUAUACCUCUCCCACGGAAAUAAAAAUAUGUCAAAAUAUAUUACAUGUUUUGCUAUCAAAUCUUCAGAGUCGAUAGACUCGAUAGAUUAUUGAAAGAUGUAUCACUGAUGAGAAAAUCAAAGGGAUGGAUCAAUAAAAACAUCUGUGUGAAAAGAUCACCCCUCGUAUAACCCUUUAUUUAAUUUGGCAGCUAUUGAACUAAAUUUGUCAAAAACGUACUGCUGUGCUGAUCUGCUGUGUUACUAUCAGUCUGGUUUUUGACUAGAUUUUACUUUAUACCGUUAAUAGCGUAUAAAAGCAUAUUUUUUAAACUCUAUCCGAAUGCUUUACAAUCUUAAUAAAAAAAGAUAAAAUGUUGAAAAAUACAAUAAAAUGGACGUACAUUUUGUUUGGUUUUGUGACAAUAUCACUGCUGUGCAACUGGUUUUUAUUUGUCACCGUUAGAAAUAGGACAUUGAUUCGCAGAAGGAUUGGCACAAAUAUUGCUCAAAGUGGAAAUAUUACAGAAAUGGAGUUGGAGACCGGGAACAGUGUGGAGGAUGUUGUUAAUGGAAGUCUUAUAGGCCAAACUGUAUCAAAAAAUGGACAUAAAAUUACUACAUUAUUGCACAAUGCUUUACUAAUGUAUUUAGAUCAAGGGGAUGGGCAUAUGAUACAAUUUACAUUAUUUCUGUAUGCAUCCUGGAAAUACGUCAUGAGACAUCGGUACCUCAAAUCUAACGUUACCAUUAUCGGCAAUACAACAUCCCUGCCAGACAUCAUAUUUGACUUGAUUGUGUAUUGUCACCCAGAAGCAUGCAAGCUUCUCCCAUUAGAUUGCAUCCCUAUUGAACAUGACAAUGUCUUAGAGGCUGUUCCAAGAUGCUGGUACAUUCCGUCUGGUCGACUCCAAAAUCAUCCAGACUAUCCCUCUAACUAUGGCUACAUUAACACAUUUACGUUUCUACUUGAUGAUAACUUGGGUCAGAUUGCAAACAGAUAUGAUAGGAUUUUGAGGACAGAUACUGAUGUGUUUAUCUCUCCAGCAAUAUUAGGUUGGCCCGUCAAAUAUCCUUUUGUUACUGGCCGAGGGGGUUAUGGAGUACCAUUUAGUGAAAACAGAUUACGGGAAAUAUCAACAAAACUUGGUUUGCGUCAUCAGCACAUCUCUAACAUUGGAAGCAGCUGGUACGCAGAGCCAGGUAUAUUCCUGAAAGCUGCUAAGCUUGCAUUGAAACUUUCAGUUCACUUCUACAACAAUGAAUUCAACAAAUCCCUACCAGGUCUUGAAGGUGUAUUUAACCAAUCGACUGAUGGAGUAUGGCCAAAGUGGUGGCGCUGGGUUUCAACAAUGUAUGGUAGUGAGCUAGCCGUCAAUCAUCUCAUCCCCAAUCUCACUCAAGACAACAUAGCUUUUCGAUAUAUGGACAAGGAAAGUACGGAUGGUGUGACACCAGUAAUGAAGGCACCUCAUAUACAUUGCUGGCACACAAACAUAGAAUUCAACAAGUUUGUAUUUUCAGAUAAACUUGUACGAUUUAUUAGAACAGAUAUUAAAAAAUUAUGGAUGCAGAAUGAGACAAUGUUAUACCAUGGAGAUUUGGAUGUAUCUGGGAUGACCAUUAGGCAAUAUGUGACUUAUAUAGCAUGGAAUGGAGUCCUCAAAUACGUACCACAUAUGUUUGAAAAAAUGAUGGCACAUUGAUUAAUAUUUGAAUGAGUAACGCACUUUAUUAAUACAAUGCAUGAUAUCAAACUCUUCCAUGCCAACAUGUUCGUUGCUUUGACUUACUUUAAUCAACCUAUUCCAAUUCUUAGUUUUAAUAUUUGUCCUCUGAAAUUACACAAAGUGAGAAAUUCUUGUCAAAUUGCAACUAGCUACUUUGGCUUACUAUACUUUAUGAUCAUCGAUUAAACUCAUGUCUGCAACUUUACUUUAUAACAUGAAGUCGCAAGGGGAUCAUUUGGACCCUCCUCGGCGAUAUUUUAUCAUUCUCUGAUUGCAAUAAUAAUGUUGGUAUUGUUGGAACCCUUGUUCAAUUGCCCCUCUAACAAAGUAUUGGACUUUUAAGAAAGAAGGUAGACAAAGGUCAAAUCAACGUCACUUACACCCCAGUCACAUUACAUACGGCGACCGCAAGUUGCAUAUCGUUUCUGCGGUCAGUAACAUAUCUACGCUCACCGCAGAAUUUCUGCGGUCUGGUACUUUUGCAGUCACAUUUUCCUACGGCAGCCGCACG